AUGUGAGCAGCACAUUCCUCCGGACCGAUAUCGCGUUCUCACUCUUCGGUGACGUCAUGUCUCUCUCUGUUCCAGAGGAUGGGUGUUCACAAUUUGGCCAGAGGAGAAAAAGGAAAAUACCACUUAAAUUCUAUUGGUUGUGGGAUUUAUUUUAUUUUAUUUUUUUAUUUGCUGUGAUUGGUUGGCAUGAGUGUUCCAGGGAAUCCCUCCAGCCAGUCAUUUAAGUUGUCUCAUGUGGAGCAGAGAGUCCACAGUCCUCUAAAAAGGAGAGAGCUAUCCAAUACCUUUCACUUUGAAAUUGUAUCUCAGCCCUUCAACUUGAGCACUAUGGAUUUGACCUCAGGAAUAGAGAAGAUGUGUGUGGGGCAGCAGCCAGUGUUUCCAGGGGUGAGGGGCGCGACGUGUCUGUCAUGUAAAGGGAUCUGCUCUGGAUUCAUCCCACAUUCCUGGAGGAAAGUGUGCACAGUGUGUGGUUGCAGUGUGGAGGACCACGGCUCCAGUUGUGACCUAGACGAUGACCACAAGAUUGGCCGACUCCUGGCCGAUUCCAAAUAUGCCCACCUGACCGCCAAGGUGAAGGGCAUCCGGGUGUACAAACGUAACCGCAUGGUCGUCACCAACUCUGUCGUCUCAAAGAAGGACCCCACCUUCAACACCAUCACCUACGACUGGGCCCCGCCAGGACUCACACAGAAACUGGCCAUGCUGUACAUGGCGUUGGUCCCGGAGGAGAAGCGUCCAGUAGCAGGGACGGAGGGAGCGAUGUACCGGCGCAGGCAGUUGAUGAGACAGCUACCUGUCUACGAUCAGGACCCCUCCCUGUGCAACGGGUCUCUGUCAGAGGACCAGCUCCAGGCCAUGUCUGUCUUUAUGAAGUGCUACAAAGAGGAGGCUCUAGGAGUAGGGGAGGUGGCGCUGCCUGGGGAGGGAGGCGCUAACCCUCCGCCCGUCAUCAAAGGACAUAGGCAGAAGAACGGGGCUGUGACCGGGGGACCUAGGAAGGCCCCCAUUAUCCAGUCAGACCCUAACACGACCUCCACCAACGGGACAGAUGACCACUAUAAGAAGAGUAAAUAUCAUUGCAGUGGUUGCGGGGAGCUCACCCCCCUGGACAGUCCUGUGGUGUAUGCAGAGGGGGCAGGCUACGACAAGCAGUGGCACCCGACCUGCUUUGUGUGUUCAGAGUGUGGGGAGGCCCUGGUUGAUCUGGUAUACUUCUGGAAGGAAGGAGAGCUGCUGUGUGGAAGACACUACUGCCAGAGGACCAGACCCCGUUGUGCAGGCUGUGAUGAGCUGAUCUUCUGUGAGGACUACAAGAAGGGAAUAGACAGUCGGGCGUGGCACCAGGACCAUUACUGCUGCUGGCGGUGUGGACAGGGUCUGGACAGCCCCUGUUCCUGCCCCCAAACACCCUACCCCAGCCCUGUUUAGGUCCCCUGGACCUAAAAAUGUAAUUAUAAAUUAUACAUGCAAUAAUUAUUCUAAAAUGUAAUAACAGUGUAAUAAUAGUAAAGCUGAUUUUUUUUUAGUUAAAUUAGUUCAAUGCCUUGUUAUCUUGUUAGAUUAUAGAGAAUAAAUAAAGAUAAUUUGUUUGUUUUUAAAAUGGCCGUUAUCUGUGCUUUUAUGCUAACAAUUUGACCAUUUCUGCCUUGUUGAAAUAGAUGAUUCUGUUCACUUUAAUCUAAUUUAAGUAGUUAUCCAUUUUGUUUUAGUUAGUAGUUAAUGUACAGUUAACCAUUUUGUUGGUCUAGUUACUAUUUUAACGAUUUUGUUUGUCUAGUUAGUAGGUAAUGUACAGUUAUCCAUUUUGUUUGUCUAGUUAGUAGUUAAUGUCCGGUUAUCCAUUUCCUACAUAUACAUUAUAGAUAUUUGAUGUUAUAAAACUGUUUUGAUCCCAUCCUAAUUCUUAGUACUCGCUAAUGGUCCUUUAUAUUGGUCUCACUCGCACACACGCACGCACGCAUAUACACACGAAAUCAAGACUCAAUCCCUAGAGGUCUAAAGUUAUUGGUUCAGUACGUAAUGUCAUCAACGGAGCUGGUUUAGAAACAGUCGGUCUGUAUGGUGUAAUAGUUAGGGUGGAAUGUGUUUGAUCAGCAGCUCACCUCUUCAGUAGUUGGAAGUAGAGUACUGUAUAUCCAGGGUGUAUAGAGGACGAUCUAUGAGAGUGUUAAUGUGUGUAUCCAAGGUAGAGUUAGUUUAUCAGAAGCUUAUCUCUCCAGUCUCCCCCUUGUUAAUACCAGUCUACAAACUCCUCCUGAUUAAUACCAGUCUACAAACUCCUCUUGGUUAAUACCAGUCUACAAACUCCUCCUGGUUAAUGCCAGUCUACAAACUCCUCCUGGUUAAUGCCAGUCUACAAACUCCUCCUGGUUAAUGCCAGUCUACAAACUCCUCCUGGUUAAUGCCAGUCUACAAACUCCUCCUGGUUAAUGCCAGUCUCCAGUAUCCUCCUAGUUAAUACCAGUCUCUAGUAUCCUCCUAGUUAAUACCAGUCUCUAGUAACCUCCUAGUUAAUACCAGUCUCUAGUAUCCUCCUAGUUAAUACCAGUCACUAAUAUCCUCCUGGUUAAUACCAGUCUACAAACUCCUCCUGGUUAAUGCCAGUCUACAAACUCCUCCUGGUUAAUACCAGUCUACAAACUCCUCCUGGUUAAUGCCAGUCUACAAACCCCUCUUGGUUAAUGCCAGUCUCCAGUCACCUCCUGGUUAGUGCCAGUCUACAGUCUCCUCCUGGUUAAUAUCAGUCUACAAACUCCUCCUGGUUAAUGCCAGUCUACAAACUCCUCCUGGUUAAUUCCAGUCUCCUCCUGGUUAAUGCCAGUCUACAAACUCCUCCUGGUUAAUGCCAGUCUACAAACUCCUCCUGGUUAAUGCCAGUCUACAAACUCCUCCUGGUUAAUACCAGUCUCCUCCUGGUUAAUACCAGUCUCCUCCUGGUUAAUGCCAGUCUACAAACUCCUCCUGGUUAAUACCAGUCUCCAGUCUCCUCAUGUUUAAUCCCAUUCUACAGUCUCCCUUUAGUCUCCCUGCUCAGACCCAGUCUACAGUCUCCACAGUCUCCACGCUCAGAGAGAGAGAGUGUUGUCAUGACGUUGCCCUCUUUGGGGAUAGCGAGUACCAUCCCUGUCACGCCCUGACCUUAUAGAGCUUUUUAUGUCUCUAUU